AUGGCAUAUCAACCAGUGCCUUUAAAAGAGCCAGGGUAUUCGCCUGAUCAACCUCAGCGUAUGUAUACUAAAAAACCGCUUUUACCUCUGCCUCCAUCUCAUACUCGGAAAGAACAAUUCCCACAACAAAAUGUGAUUCCAGUGUACACUCCCUUUGUGACUUAUCCUCAAGAAUACUACCAUAAGGGAAUCGCCCCUCCACCAUUAGAACAGUACCUACCACUUCAGACCGAUCAAUUAGUUGGCAUCAAUGGCAACGAUUAUUCAAAACAACCUGUGGAAUGUUAUCCAGAAUUGAUAAGAGAUGACUGUCCAGACAAACCGAACGUUGACAAUUCCACACAAGGAAGUCAACAAUUUCCAAAGGACUUUAAUUCAGAAUAUGACAAAGGAGGUAUCCACAAGACUAGAAAGAACGAGUACGAACCAUACCCUAAAGCCAACAGACGGGGCAAACCGGAGUCAGGAAAUCGCACCAGAGACAACCAAGCGAAUCAAAGUGAUGGAGGAUGCUCCUCUGAUUAUCGCAGUGAUGAUGUCAUAAUAUACCAGAGGAAUGGGACUUCAUCACAUCGACAAGAUCAAUACAGCGAUCAUCGAAGCGAUGACUCUUCAAAACAUCGCAGGGAUGGUGUUUCAUCACAUAAACAAGACAGUUACUGCAAUCAGCGACGAGAAGAUACAUCCAGACAUCGAAGGAAUGACCACUUACCACCCAAGACCGAUGAUAAAUCCAAACAUCACAGGGAUGAUUAUCCAUCACGCCGACAGAACAGUUACUCUCACCAUCAAAGCGACGAUAAAUAUAGACACGCAAGGGACAGUAACUCACCACAUCGAAAAAAGAAAUAUUCCGAGCAUCGAAUUGACGAUAGUUUGAAGCAUCAAAGGGACACAUAUUCUCCACUUCGAAAGAACAACAACGAAAAUCAUCGGGACGACGAUAAAUUCACUCCUCGAAGGAAUGCAAACUCAUCACGCCGUUCGGAUACCUACAACGAUCAUCGCAACGACACCAAAUCUAAUCAGCAAAGGAGCGACCAUUCAUCUACUCGCGAAAAUGGCUACUACGAUUAUCGAAACAAUAAUUGCUGCAAACAUCAACGUAACGACUCAUCAUCACAUCGACACAACGACCACUCCGAUCAUCGAAACAACGUUAGUUCCAAACAUCAAAGGAGGGAACAAUCAUCACAUCGACGCGACAAUUCCUCUGAUCGUCGAAGCAACGAUAGUUCAAAACGUCGAAGUGACGUUUUCUCCGACCAAUCUCGCGAAGAUAGCUACAGCGAUAAUAUUGGCGAUUAUCGCGAUAACUACGAUUUCUCGUCAGGAGAUUACUAUACAUACUCAAACGACAAAGAGCUCGUAUCAGAAGAUGAACCAGUUUACAUAACGACAGACAGCAUUGGCUGGCCCCUUGAGAGUGACAGUAUGAGCAGUCGUGGCAGUUCAUCUGCUGGGGACUUGGACUGUAAGGUAUAUGUGGGACAAAUUGGACGAGGAGCUGUGAAAGAAGAGUUAGAGGACAAAUUUGGUCGCUUUGGACGCAUAAAGAGUGUCUGGAUAGCUCGCAAUCCGCCAGGAUUCGCAUUUGUAGUAUUCUACAACAUUAAAGAUGCUGAACAUGCAGCUGAUGAAAUGGAUGGCGAAAUCAUCAACCACAGAAGAGCACGUGUAGAGAUGUCAAGUGGGAAGUCGAGGUGGGGUAGCGCUGGUCCACCCACCCGUAGGAGGGAUAGCAGAGAUGGUCGUGAUAGUCGAAGGCAGCAUAUGUACAAUGGAGGUUUUUCGAGAUCAAGGUCUCGUUCACCACCAAGAUAUGAUAGGUACAGGAAGUACUCUCGCAGCAGAAGCAGGUCGAAAUCCCCAUUUGAAAACAUCUAUCGGGAAAGACGGUGAUGCAUUUAGUGUUAGAGUGUUUGAGGACUACAUAUUUACACAGAAUAACAAGCAAUGCCCAAGAUUCUAUCAACAUUUAGGUGUUACAGGCAGAUAUGUGAGAAAGUAACACAUUUUGGAAUGUGAUACCCUCCUGAAAAAACUAUCGAAAGAAAUCUUCACCCCCUUAUGAUCAUGUGACAGUUCAUAUUGCUUGAAGUUUGUGACAAGAAAAUAUUUCAUCUUCACCAUGUUAACUUGGGUGAGGUGGGGUUGGUACUGUACAUAAUUCUGUAAUUUUGGAUACCAGAAUUUUUAAGAAGGGACAUCACACACAACCUAGAUCGUGUUUAAGGAAAUCUUGACACCUGAUUAUUAUUGUGUUUCCAUGUUGAAGUGACAUAACAGAAGACUUUUUGUUGUGGUUUAAAGAUUUGUAAUGCUGUACAUUAUACUUCAAUACAAACAACAAACUUCAAAAGUACCAACAGUUCAGAAGUGCAUCUACGCUCAACUGUACACUGUCUGUGGAAAUCUUAUCACUUCAACUAUCAACAGCUGUCUGUCUGUGACCUUCAACUUCAUCAAUUGUGACCUUGACGGCAUCAUCAGUGAAAUUCACUUCAAUCUUGUUAGACAUCAUUUUGAAUUUGAUUCAUUGUUUUACAAUUUUAACAAAGCCACGUGUGUCUUAGCAAAUUAUGUUUUCUUUCCUCUCAAUUAAAAUUUAGAAAAACCUUCAAUCUGUAUACAUAGUCAUAUUAGUUCACUACAUAUAUAUUUAGAAUCAAGAUUUGACAAUUGUUAAAAGGAUUUUGAUAUUGAAAAGAUUUAAUUGUGGCAUGACUCCAUCUUUUGGUUGUCCCAAAUAUAAAUUCUUGAUAGUUGUACAGGAAUGUUUAAAAGAAAUAUGAGUACAUUAAUACAGAGAGUUUAUUUAGGUAUUUUACAUAUUACAGAAUGUACCAAUUAAACCACAGGGUCUUGAAACUAAAAAUCCUAAGCUCACUGUUUGUAAAUAUGUAUUUUAUGAUACUAUGAAACUUGGGAUUAGAAAUUCAUACCAGAUUCCUGUGCUGUUCUCUUGCCAUUUUAGAAAGGUAUUGUAAAAAUGUCACUGCUUUUUCUCAUAUAAGAUUAAUCUAUAUGCUUGAAGGAAACCAAUCUGUAGUAAUUUUGGCUUAAGUUGGGGUCACUACACAAAAGAAAAAGUGAGAGUUAUGAUUUGAAUGUUGGAUGGUUUGUUUGCUGAAGUAACGAAAAUUGAACAUCUCUAGAUGUGCUAAAUUUACAAUGGAUUAACAGCACCUUACUGACAAUUAUAGGCUAAGCAUUGGUCUAUAAAUUUUGACACAACUGACCCUUGUCAUAAAAGGCUGUCAGAGGUAACAGUUGGAUCAGUUUACAGUUGCUUCAGUUAGCGUUCAUAAAUUUCAGUAUUGUAUAUCUGAUAAGAGAACUAAAACCACACCACAUACAUAAAUCUAGAUGACAGUAGCCAGGAUCGCGUAGUAUGGAUUACAUUAUGUAAGGGAGAUAACUGAUUUUUGUUCUGUAAGUGACCAGAAGAUUCCCUAGUUUGAUAAGGACUACUACUUUUAUAUUGGAACUGUUUUAGAGUAUAUCAAAUAGAACAUGCAUUUGUACUUUGUCUUAGAGGAAAUUCUACAUUGAUUGAAGUGAUGGAUUGAAAUACAAUUACUGGUAAGAAGUACCGAUAUACUGAUGUUUCUUUUAUGAAACCUUCCCUACCAAAAAAUAAGUCAACCUAUAGAUAAAGCUGCUGUGAUCACACGAGCAUGAUAAAAAUAAUUUGUACUAAAAAUAGAUAAUGGAUUUAAGAAACAAGUUGAAUUGAAUUGUCAGAAUGCAAAUACAGUUGGGAGAGUACAAAUUUUUAAUUUUGUGAUGUGAAAAGUCUGGCUUUUAUUUAAAAUUUACUGGUUAUUAUUGAUAUUUUGAGGUCCUUGACCUACAUCCUUGUCUCAAACACUAUUCAUUAUUUUAUUGACUGUUGAUGCACUGCCUACUGAGCAAUUUUGUAUUUGUUUAAGGAGAAAAUUUAAUAAUUACAAAAUAAGGAUAUUUGAUUACAUAACUGAAGUUUGAAAGGGAUUUUUUUUAAAUCAUUUAUUACUUUCAAUGAAAAUUCUAAGUCAAUUUACAUUUUAAUAAUUUAUUGAGAAGCAGCAGAUGAUGAUUUACCAACCUACUACAGUACUACAGGAUAUUUUGGAUUAUCCUGUUAUCCAAUCUUUGCCUUAAACAUGAUAUUCAUGAGUUUACAUAACCUUGGUCUUCUGAAAUUAUCCCAUUCAAAAAAGAUAAAAGGAAACACAGUAUUUUAUUGCUACUACACUUUAAUAGAGGUCUUACUGAGUAAAAGCAAUUUCUUGAUUCAUAACAAUUUUUUUUGUGUCAAUUUUAGUUUGUCGCAUCUUGUGAUAACAAGAGGUUAAGUUGACAUAUUAGUAUACAUCUUGUGAUUACAAGAAGUUAACAUGGCAUAUUAGUAUACAUCUUGUGAUUACAAGAGGUUAAGAUAUUAGUAUACAUGCAUUGCUUUCAAAUAAAAUAGUAUACUGUAUGGUCGGUUAUUUUCACAGGCAAAAUUUUUGUGAUUUCCACAUAAAUCAAGAAAAUGAAUUUUCACGAAUUAAAAUUUUUGCAACGUGGCAUAAAUUUGAAAUCAAAUUUUCAUGAAUAGACAAGCUGUGUGCGUGAAAUUUUCUGUACAGCUCUGCAGUGUUACAUUGUUGUGCUCACAAGUGUUUGUUUAUAACACGUAUAUAUAAGAAUGCUACCUAAACUGUUAUCAAAAUGUGUAUAUACCAUUUGUCAAAUCAUACCAUCAUUAUGGAAGAAGCUAAAGCAGGUUAGUACUGGUUACUUCAUUCAAACAAAUGUUUUAUAUUGCGGACAGUAUUUUCAUGUGUCUUAAUAUUUCACUGUUAAAUUUUAAAAAAUGACUCAAAAUCACAAAAAUAUCAUCUCUGCUAAAAUAAGCAGCUAUACGGUAUCAAUCAAAAGUAAUCAGAAAUUUCAUGCUUUGGAUUAGAUUUUAUACGGGAUAUAUGUGUCUGUUUUUAGUUUGUGAGUAUAUGUAAUCAUUAUUGAAGACAGAUUUACAAAUAUCUUAGGGUUUUUUUGUUAGUAACUGUAGGGAUAUUCAGGAUACUUGGUCAUCCAGAUGUAGUUCUCAAUCCAUUUUAAAUCCGGACUUGCAUCAGUUGAUGAACUUGUAUGGCUUUUAAAUCUUGUAUGAUAUCAUCUCAUUCCAUUACUUCAUUGAAAAUAAAGUUUGAAAUGUUAAA